AUGCUCAAGACAGCUGCUGACUCCAGACCAUGGGUGGAGAAGUACCGUCCACGGAAAGUAGCGGAUGUUUCGCAGCAGGCCGAAGCAAAGCGACUUCUCUCCCGCAUCAUUGAAACCGGCAAUAUGCCUCAUCUGCUGUUUUUCGGUCCACCUGGAUCCGGGAAGACGUCGGCGGCGUUGGCGCUUGUAAAGGAGCUUUUCGGCCGAGAAGAAGCCAAGACAAGACUGCUGGAGUUAAAUGCUUCAGACGAAAGAGGCAUUCGAGUUGUCCGUGAGAAGAUCAAAAAGUACACGAGGACCAAUACGCCCAAGGGGAAGAUAAACCCAGAAACGGGAAGGUGGGUGGGUGUGGGUGUGUUUCUGGGUGGAGAAAUGCCACCUUGGAAAAUUGUAAUACUUGACGAAGCCGACAUGAUGACGCCUGAUGCGCAGGCGGCCCUGCGACGUAUCAUGGAAGCACUGGCGAGAAACACCCGGAUCAUAGACCCUCUCUUCAGCAGGUGUUCUCCGCAUCGCUUUGAACCUGUGUCCGCUGAUGCACAAAUAGAACGUCUUCAGAUGAUCUGCAAGGCAGAAAACUUGAAUGUUGAGGAAGGGGCACUUGCUCGUCUGAUAGAUCUGACUUGUGGCGAUUUGCGGCGGGCAGUGAAUCUCCUACAGUCAGCAGCGGGUAUUCACCAGACGAUCACAGAAGAUGCGAUUCUUGAGGUUGCUGUCGUGAAUGAAAUUGCCGAAGAAGUGACAAAUCAGGGUUGGGAUGUCGCGCUGUUGCUGCAAGAGAUGGUGACAGAAGUUGUCAAGUCAGACAGUCUGUCGGAUUUGCAGAAAGCGACAAUACUUCACGAGCUCGGCUCCGCAGAGUUCGCCGUCUUGCAAGGCAAGCAGCCAUAG